UGUGGACCAAAGACUCUCAUCACUUAUGAAGCUUCCAGCGGUGGAGCUCGUGCUCGUCCUGCUGCUGGAUCCAGUUCUGGGUCUCUCCGAGCAUCGGGGCGAGAUGACCGGACGCUCCGGCGGCUUCAGGCGCACCGUGAGGCGGCGGCAGUUAGUCCGGCUGCCCCUGUACAUGAGGCGGCUCUACCGGACCAUGUGGACCGAGGAGCGGGCGAGAAGUCAGACUGCUGGCAUGGGACAGCCCYGGGGGGUGUACGGGGGUCUCCACCACUCAGACGCUGUCAUCAACCUUGUUGCUAAAGGCUGUGAGCAGAUUGACCAGAGGUGGUCAAUCACCUUUGACCUCUCCUCCAUGUCUGCUAGCGAUGACAUCCAGCUGGCUGAGCUUUGUAUCCGCCUGCCCGCCUUCACCCAGUCCUCUAGUGCCUCCGUGGKCAUCUACCACUCCAACCAGAACCAGUACUCUGGUACAAACCACUCCGAGAACAAGCUCAUCCUGGGACGCCUCAGAGRCCACCCCAGUUUGAUGUUCUCACCCUCCUCCUGGAAGGUCUUCAACAUAACGGAGACGCUCCAGCGCUGGCUCCAGCAGGGACCCUCAGGGAAGAGGACGACGGAUGAGGCCAGAGUGAAGGAGGAGGAUUGGACCCGGCAUCCCACCGCUGACAGGGUGAUGAUGGUGGUCUUCUUGAAGCAGGGCCUCAACAGCCAGCAAAAUGCAACGCUGAUUCACACAGCGGAGCACUCCAAGUAUGUGAGCGUGGGUGGGGAGCCGAUGAAGCCCACCUCAGAGGUGAGGAGAAGCAGGGAGAAGAGACAUCAGCAGACCCAAAAGAGACAGAGGGAUGGUAAAGCUACAGCASAGGAGAGACAAGGUGGUCUCUGCAGGAGGGUGGACAUGUGGGUGGACUUCAAGAAGCUCAACUGGAGUGACUGGAUCGUCUAUCCCAAACGGUUCAACGCUUAUCGUUGUGAGGGGAGCUGUCCCACYCCGGUAGAUGAGACAUUCAUCCCUACCAACCAUGCCUACAUGCAGAGUUUGUUGACAUAUCACCACCCGGACAAGGUGCCAUGUCUUUCCUGUGCGCCCACACGCCUGGCACCACUUUCCWUGUUGUACUUUGAGAACAACAAGAUGGUGGUGAGGCACCAUGAGGACAUGGUGGUCGAGGAAUGCGGCUGCCACUGAGGACAAUAAAAAAACAAGUGGAUGAAUACAUGCUGGCACUUCACAGAGAAGAGGAACCGCUGAUGGAGUUAUUCUGGGUUUYAAACUCAUUUUGAACUCUUCAUAAAAGGCCUCAAAAGACAUAAUGAUGAAGCACUGUUUAAUUGCACAAACACGUCUGUGCAAAAAUACCCUUAAACUAUUUUUUUAAAUGCACA